AUGAUGAGUGUUGCCGUUCAAUUUCACAGGGCGCGCGGCGCAGAGGCGACCAAGGAGGUGACCAGCGGCACGACGGUGGACGGCUUCAUCUGGAGGAAGCUCUACUGCCGCUGCGCGCACAAGGACCAGGGAUGCAACGCGACGCGGCGGGUGCAGCAGACGCAGGACCAGCCGGCGGCGUACGAGAUCGCCUACUACGGGGAACACACGUGCAAGGGCGCGGCCAUCGCGUGGCAGCAGCUGGGAGCGGCGCCCGCCGUCGUCGACUUCGGCUCCAACUCCUGGGGGUCCGCGGGCACCAACAGAGGCUCGCCGGCCUCGAUGUCGCAGGGCGGGUGGUCGCCGUCGGCGUCGUCCGAGGUCUGGCACGACACGGCUGCUCCUGAUCCGGUGAUGGAGUUCCUGGACGGCUGCUUCGGAUGGGAAUCCGUCCUCCAAGACCGCUUUGACUUCGGCGGUCUCCUCCAUGACAUCGCUACGUUUCAGUAG